CUUGGGUACUAGUCAGCGGCCAUAUUGUGAAGGAGGGAGACGGUGGCGCACGGUGUUGAUGUUCUAGAGUAAAACACUAAUUUUAACCCGGUAUAAGUGAGGGUAAAUCGUUACUAGUAUCACCAGAAACUUUAAAGUAUAUCACAAUGGAUGACAAAACACAGAUGAAAGAGUUAGACCAGUGGAUAGACCAGCUGAUGGAGUGUAAACAGUUGGCGGAGAAUCAAGUGAAAACAUUAUGUGAAAAGGCUAAAGAAGUCCUUGCAAAGGAAAGCAAUGUACAAGAAGUAAAGUCUCCAGUCACAGUCUGUGGGGAUGUUCACGGACAGUUCCAUGACCUCAUGGAACUUUUUAAGAUAGGAGGACGGUCCCCAGACACAAAUUAUCUCUUCAUGGGAGAUUAUGUUGAUAGAGGUUAUUAUUCUGUAGAGACUGUCACAUUGUUAGUAUGUUUAAAGGUACGGUUCCGUGAACGCAUAACUAUUCUCCGUGGCAACCACGAGUCCCGACAGAUUACCCAGGUGUAUGGGUUUUAUGAUGAAUGUUUACGUAAAUAUGGAAAUGCAAAUGUUUGGAAGUACUUUACUGAUUUGUUCGACUACCUACCUUUGACUGCGCUAGUCGACAGUCAAAUAUUCUGCUUGCAUGGUGGAUUGUCCCCAUCAAUAGACACACUUGAUCACAUUAGGGCACUUGAUCGGCUGCAGGAAGUACCUCAUGAGGGUCCCAUGUGCGAUCUCUUAUGGUCCGAUCCAGAUGACCGUGGUGGCUGGGGCAUCUCUCCACGAGGUGCGGGCUACACUUUUGGUCAAGACAUAUCUGAGACCUUUAAUCACUCUAAUGGUCUCACUUUGGUGUCACGAGCUCACCAGUUGGUUAUGGAAGGUUAUAACUGGUGCCAUGAUCGAAAUGUUGUUACAAUCUUCUCUGCACCAAACUACUGUUAUCGUUGUGGUAACCAGGCAGCCAUUAUGGAGCUUGAUGACUCCCUGAAGUAUUCAUUCCUCCAGUUUGAUCCAGCACCAAGGAGAGGGGAGCCUCACGUAACACGCCGAACACCAGACUAUUUCCUGUAAAUUCUUGCUUCUGUUUUUCUCACCACCAACAUCGCCACCAUCAUUUUACUACAGUAUGCCAUAAUGCAGUUAUUGUUGGCUACCGUCUCAAGGGUUUUUCGUUUGUUUGCUCAUUAGGCAAAGUUGAUGAUAAAUGAUAUUUUGACAUGAAUUAGCAGUUCUGUUAAAAAUUAUGAUGAUUUCUCUUUAUUUUCUUUAUUUUAAAUUUUUUAGGGGAUGGGUUUACCCAAAACCUGCCUUUACAUAAACUUCUGAUACAUAUUAAGUGGCAGUAAUGUACCAGGAAUUACUAUUUUUGGAGGAAACUGCUGGCUCAGUUGCCAUUGCUGUUAAGUAAAGACUUGUUUCAUUUUCAUGUAGUACAGGUAACUAUAACAUGUCAAUGUCUGGGCUAUGUUCCCUGUUCUGAGAUACUUGACAGUUCUAGACUGCAUUUUUAGCCUGUGCAAAGGCUAGGUCAGGGUGGGGCAGUGAAUGUCGGUGCAUUUCAGCAUAUCCUACAUUUCUUUUUUCCCGUCAUACUUAAGACCAAGGUCUAAGUUAGUCCCUUACAUAAUCAUGAAAGUAGCUUUUAUAAGAUAAUAGAAAUCACAAAAUAUUAAAUUUUUUGGACUUGGGAGGUCAUAUACAAGGUUGAUGAUAUUGCUUGAAAUAUCAUAGCUGGCUAAGUGUGUGCAGUCAUUUUCAAAAGCAAAUUUAAAUCACAAUUUGUAUAAUCAGUGGGAAACAUGCCUUAGCUUUAAAUGCUUAGGUGCAUGCACGCAUUUUAGGAGUCCGUGAGACAGAUUAACUGCAGAAUGAGCAUUGAAACUGGGUAUUUAUAGCUAAGUCAUAAAGUUUUCCAGGUUUCAUCUGAAUAAUUUAUCUGGGAGGUAGUCCUUUUAGUAUUUCAUGUUUGCCUCUCUGAGUGUAAAGAGUUGAGCUAGAAGACUAGAGUAUAUUAUUUAUUGCUAUUUUAUAUAGUACAGUAUAAAUGUACUGUCAUGCCACAGUGGCCGAGCUGUUUAAUGCUCUUUAGACACCGUAUAUUUACUAAAGUCUGAGCAGAGAGAGAGAGAAUUAAGUUUUAAGGUUCUCAUUAUUGUUGCUUUGUAUAGGUAAGUUGAUAAUGUUAUCACCCAAUUGACCAGAGAUAGUUAUUGUAUGUUUGGCUCCUGACAGACAACUAGAAACUCUGUGACCAAUGUCAUACAAACUAUGGAAGAACAAUAAAGCAGUUCUCAUGAAAUGGGUCAAUCUGUAACACAACUGCUAAAAUGCGAAGUGUUUUCACCCAUUUCAAGUGUAAGGCAAUUAAUGUAUGAAUACUAUUAUGUGAAUGAAAUUUUUGGCCCUAAAUUUCAGAUUAUUGUGACAUGAAAUGGGUGUGGAAAUCAUUUCAUAUCAUGGGUCAACAUUCUUAAGUCAUGUUUUCCAGCCUAUGCCUCCACUAAGCUUAUGCAUUUCUAUGUUGCCAUUCUUGCUGCUUUAGUACUGCCCCCCUUUUGUAUAAUCUUUUUUAUUUUAUUUUUUUUUCUUGAAUUACAAUCCUUAAACUGUGAUGUUGGUGGAGACAUCGGUUUUGGACAACUAUUUAUAAUCACAACUAUUGAAUAGCCUAGUUUGUGUAAUAAUAUGAUACAUCAAAGAAAUAUUUUAAAAGUAUUAUGCAGGAUUUGUUGUGUAUAAAAUAUAAAUGAUAGGCUUCAACAAUUUACCCUUCAUAUCGAGUUCAACUGCAUAAGGAGAUAUAUAUAUAUAUAUAUAUAUAUAUAUAUAUAUAUAUAUAUAUAUAUAUAUAUAUAUAUAUAUAUAUAUAUAUAUAUAUAUAUAUAUAUAUAUAUAUAUAUAUAUAUAUAUAUAUAUAUUCUUUUGCAUUUCAAGAUUUAGUGCAAGUAAUUUAGUAUUACCAUCAUCUAUCUAGGACCAGAGAAUGCUCUUUGUUUAUUUCCUGUUGUAGUAGACUGUGAGGUUAGAUAACAGCACAAUUGUCAGGACAUAAGUAUCAUGGAUGUUUGCUUUUUUUUUUUCGUGUUAAUGUUUCUUUAUAUUGGUAGUCAGAUUGGUUACUUAAAAGUUGAUCAAUAUGUCUGGUAAAUCGGUUGCAACUAGAACAGCUGGAACUUCUCUGUACUGUCAUAUUCUGUGCUGUCAUAUCCAAUGAUUCUUUGAUACCAAUUCCUUCAUGUUUCUGUUCACCUUACUUGUGAAAGCCCCAUCUUUUGUGGUUUUAUUACAGUUGCUGCUCAUCCUGUGUUAGUCAAGUCACAUUAACCAACAUAUUCUGCCAUGGAGGUGUGUAGCCUUCCAUUAUCUUAAUGAGCAAGUAAAUGUAACUUGCAUAAACAGCAUGGUUGUGUGAACACUUGUAACAAAUAGUUCUACUUCAAUAAAGUGAAAGAAACUAAAAAAAAAUUCAACCAUAAUAUUAUAUAGUAUGAAACUUAA